AUGCUGCAGGUUCCUGAGAGCCCGUUCGCGGCCAGAAGGGCCGCGGCGGCGGCGCGCGACAGCCGGAGGAUCGACUGCGGCGACGCCAAGUCGGAUGUCGCGCACUGCCCGGCCUGUGCCUCCGCGUACGACCUCGACACGCACACCCCGAAGCGUCUGCCCUGCGGAUGCACCUGCUGCGGCGCGUGUCUCGACGACCUCCUCAUUCUGUCGACCGAAAAUGGGCCAGAUACCAAGUCAUGUUGUCCGACCUGCACGCGCCCCUUCGAGGCGCUCUACCACUUCGCCGACGCGCUCCCGGACGACCGCUUCAUCUGCAACGCCCUCCGCCGCCUCGCCAAGGGGUCCCCGGACUCCCCCGACUACCUGACACCCCCUCUGGGCAACAGCCCACGGCGCACACCCCUCCCGUCGGCACUGGGCGUCGCGCUGCGCGCGCGGCACCUCGUCGAGCUCCUCGCGCACUCCACGCGCGACAAGGACCGCGCGCUCGCCGCGGAGCGCGUCAAAGCGCUCAUGGAGGCCGGCGGCGAGAAUCACGACGCGGAGACCGGGCCGCGCACGGACGUGGACCGGCGCGCGAUCGCGCACAACGAGGGCGUCGCGUACGCGCUGUCUGUCGCGAUCGGGCUCGCGAAGGCCGACCGCGCUCUCUUCGUCCUGGCGGCGGCCGCGGCGUCGUUUCUGCGGGGCACCGGCGAGGCCGCAGAGGCGCGGCGGUGCGAGGCCGCGCGGCGCGGGCUCGCCGGGAACGUCGCGCGCGCGCUGUACAUCGCGAAGACCGACGCCACGCGCGGCAAGCUCGGCGACGUCGCGCGCCGCCUCCUCGCCGGCGGCGAGCAGGCGGAGCCGCGGCGCAGGACCGCGAUCGAGGACGGGCUCCCAAAGGCGCUGGCGUACGCGCUGGGCGAGACGAGCAGCGACGUCGCGGCGGCGCUCAUCGCCGGCGCGGCGGGCCUCGUUGUCGGCGGCACGGGCGAGGCCGCAGCUGCCGUAGUCAUGGCGCUGUGUCAUGCCCUGGCGGAGUGCCUGCGGCGCGCGGGCGCGGACGGCGUGCGGCGGAUGGCCGCGAUCUCGCUGUACUUGGUCGUGCGGGAGCGCCGCGCGUGGCGCGGCGGGCGCGACGCGGCGGUCGCGGAGGUCCUGCCUGACGUGGUCGAGGCGGUGCACAAGGUGCGGAGCCAGGAGGCGCUCGCGACGCUGGUGGACGUCGUGGGGGAGCUGACGGCGGCGUCGGCGUCGAUGCUCGGCGAGGCGAUGGGUCCGGCGACGCGCGACGCGGUGCGGCGGCUGCGGCGCGAGGGGAGGCUGCGCGGAAAGUACAGUCGCGAUCUGUCGAUCGUUGUUGACGCGGAAGCCGGAGCGGAGCCGGAGGACGUGCGCGACGCGGACCGGUCGCCGCCGCCCGAGGACGAGCUGCAGACGAUGAAGCGCAGGUUCGGUCCGGCGUGGAUCCGGGUGUCGGAGACAGCGGAGCAACAAGUUGACAGCAUGGCGGACGACUCGCCGGACGCGACGAUGCACGGCGCGGAGGCGACGUCGCUGCACUACGACGCCUGCGAGGGCGCGCUCGGCGCGCCGGCUCCGGCGUCCGCGAAGGAGCUCGUCGAGUUGCUGGACGCGAGCAUGCAACGCAACCUUGCGGGGCUGGCGCCGGGGUGCCGCUUUCGGUUCUAG